AUGCCUGUCCCGUUCGAAGCCCUUCUCCCUUUUGCGCUCUUGACGGUCUGUUUUGGCGCGACGGGGACAUUGUUCUCGAUAGCCAAGCGAGCUACGAACGAUGGCAAGGUGGGAUACUUUUUCGAAGAGUACGAGGAGAAUCAAUGGGAGUUGGCGAGGCGCCGGAACUCUAUGAACCUGCCACCACGCUACCACAUCGACAGCUGGGAGACGAUGAUGAUGGAGCGUGAUCGAAGACUGACGGGGUCGCUACGGGGACAAAGCACAAAUCCGACGGCACCGAAGGAAUUUGCGACGAACAGCGUCUGGGAGACGGAGCGGGUGCACUAG